AUAGACUUCUAAGCCGAAGUCCAUUUUUAUAUAAAAAAAACUCUUGGGGUUCUAUUUUACCUCAUUUCAGAAUUUGGAAAGAAACAUAUCAGAUACACAACCUCCUUUGUCCAUGGCUGGAGAGCUCUGGGUUGGUGUUUUGGUUGGUAUAACUAGUGGUCUGUUGGGUCUAAUAAUGAAUCAUUUUCUGCCCAUGUUCUUGAAGCUUGGUCAUAAUGUCCCAAAGGGCUCUUUUGGGUGGCCUCUACUUGGUGAAACCCUCGGUUUCUUGAAACCUCACCCUUCUAACACCCUUGGUGCGUUUCUUCAAGAUCAUUGUUCCAGGUACGGGAAUGUGUUCAAGUCCCAUUUAUUUCUCUCUCCAACAGUGGUGUCCUGUGACCAGGAGCUGAACUAUUUCAUUCUUCAAAACGAAGGCAAGUUAUUCCAGUGCAGUUAUCCUAAGCCUAUUCACGGAAUUCUUGGCAAUGUCUCCAUGCUGGUGGCUGUUGGUGAUACUCACAAGAGACUCAGAAAUGUGGCUAUCUCUCUAGUUAGCAUUACUAAAUCAAAGCCAGAGUUCUUGAAUGACAUAGAAAGAACUGCCAUUCAAAUAUUGAGCUCCUGGAAAGAUAAACAACAGGUCGUGUUCUGUGAAGAGGCUAGAAAGUUCUCAUUCAAUGUAAUAGUAAAGCAAGUGCUUGGUUUAACAUCAGAGGAGCCGGAGACUAGAGAAAUUCUUGAAGAUUUUCUUACUUUUAUGAGAGGACUAGUAUCCAUCCCUCUGUAUAUUCCUGGUACUCCAUAUGCUAGAGCUGUUCAGGCUAGAAGCAGGAUAUCUUCUAGAGUUAAAGCAAUUAUAGAGGAAAGAAGAUCAAGAAAUAGUAGGAGUUUAAGGAAUGAUUUUCUUGAAAUACUUCUAAGUGUUGAUACCUUAUCUGAAGAUGAAAAGGUGAGCUUUGUGUUGGAUUCUCUUUUGGGUGGGUAUGAAACUACCUCGCUCUUAAUGGCCAUGGUGGUGCAUCUUCUAGGCCAGUCACCCACUGCAUUAGAACAGUUAAAGCUAGAGCAUGAGCAAAUAACAAGCCUGAAGGAGAAAGAUGAGUGUUUGAAUUGGGAAGAUUAUAAGACGAUGGAAUUCACUCAAAAUGUCAUCAGUGAAGCACUGAGAUAUGGAAACAUUGUGAAAUUUGUACACCGAAAGGCUCUCAAAGACGUAAAGUUCAGAGACUACCUCAUUCCAUCUGGGUGGAAGGUCCUACCUGUUUUUACAGCUGUGCAUUUAGACUCGUCUGUCCAUGCAAAUGCUCUCCAGUUUCAUCCUUGGAGAUGGGAGACUCAGGAUCAGACUAGCAAGAGGUUUACCCCUUUUGGUGGAGGAUCUAGAUGCUGUCCCGGAUCUGAACUUGCCAAGAUUGAGGUUGCCUUCUUCCUUCACCACCUUGUUCAGAACUUCAGAUGGACAGCCGGGGAUGCUGACCAACCCAUGGCAUAUCCAUACGUUGAAUUUGGAAAAGGGCUGUUGAUAAAUUUGGAUCGUUGUUCCACCUGAGCCCAGUUCCUCUCCUGGCGUUUUGUUCAAGGUCGGGGAUGUGGCCCAGGAAAGAAUCAAAUAAACUCAUCCUGCCUUUGUCUCACGUAUUAUAUGUGGUCUCCUUCCCUCUUAUUUUAAUGGAAAAAAGGUCCUCUACCUUGCUCGACUUGUGAAGGCCUUUCCUUCCAUCUUACUAAAUGUUCGAAGGAUUGUAAUUCUAUCAACUCUUUCCUCAACCUUUAGUACAAUCCGUCUUUUCGCUGCUGUUAUA